AUGAUCAUCGGAGUUCCUGUCUUCAUCGGAAUCUUCAUCUCCUCGGCCUUCUGGGUGCUCGGAUGCGGCGGAAAGAAGGCAAAGAAGCCGGCGGCUGCGGCAGCUCCUCCGAAUGUGAGUGACACGGAUGAGAAUGGGCUGGAAAUAAACGGAUGAUUACAGUCGGCCCCUCCUGCUCCACCGAAACCUGACAGCAAGAUGAAGGCGCCGGAGGAGAAGAAGGUGGAGAAGGAAAAGUCGAAAAAAAGUGAGAUGAAGGAUGAGGAGAAGAAGGCGGAGAAGAAAGAAGAAGAGAAAAAGGAGGAAAAGCCCAAGGACGAGGAAAAGAAAGAAGAAGACAAGAAGGAGGGUGACAAGAAGGAAGAUUCGAAGAAAGACGCUGCGAAGAAGGAAGAUUCGAAGAAAGACGCUGCGAAGAAGGAAGAUUCGAAGAAAGACGCUGCGAAGAAGGAAGAAUCUAAGAAGGACGCUGCGAAGAAGGACGAUAAGAAGGAUGAAAAAAAAGAAGAAUCGAAGGGAGACGCUGCGAAGAAAGACGAAAAGAAGGAUGAAAAAAAGGAUGAGGUAAAAUCGGAGGGCGAACUUUAGGUGCGAUUCUAGAAUAUUAUUAAGGAAGAGAAGCCGAAGGAGGAAGAGAAAAAGGAAGAGGAGAAGAAGGACGAUUCCAAGACGGAUGCGGCCAAGAAGGACGAGAAAAAAGAUGAGAAAAAGGAAGAAAAAGAUGAAAAGAAAGAGGAAAAGAAAGAGGAAAAGAAAGAGGAAAAGAAGGAUGAAAAGCCGAAGGAGGAAGAGAAGAAACCCGGAGAGCCGGCCCCCCACAGUUUGACAACUCUACAGUAAUCCCACAGUAAUCUCUCAUUCCAGUUACCAUUGAACCUGCUGGCGAUCUCGACUUUAAGGCGGAUCAGACUGAGCAGAAGAAGCUGACGCUCAAGAACACUCACGACAAGAAGGUCAUGUACAAAAUCAAGAUCUCGGACACCACCACCUACCUGUAAAAGAUCGUCCCCACCGCUUAUUUCCCGUCCGAUUCUUUCAGAGUGAAUCCAGUUUUCGGCACCAUCGAGCCCGGAAAGAGUGCUGACGUGGCAGUGACCCACAACAAGGCGCCGGCCAAGGAGGGAAAGCUUGUGAUUGUGAACAGUGUGGUGGGUUACAUUAGGCCUACUGUACUCGUAUCGAACUGCCGUUUUCAGUUCGCUGGAGACGAGAAGGACCUCGCGAAGUCGUUCAAAACAGGAAAACCGACCGGAGGACAGAUCACCGUCAAACUGGUGGCCAAGUAA